AUGCUCUACGACCUCAACAUCGCGUGGUCGCCCGGGACGCGGGCGGCCGAGCUGGAGCGCACGCUGCGCUUCAGCGCCGAGCUGGGGUACGACGUGGUAGCGCUGAACCACGCGGUGGACGCGCCGCUGGCGGCGAACCUGACGAACCCGCUGCCGCGCUUCCCGCCUGCCCCUGCCCCUCCCCUUCCUACCCCUUCCUCCUCCUCCGCCCCCCCGCCUCGCCCCCGCCUGCCAGCCGUCGUCCUGCACCGCAUCACCGUCUCGUUCUCGGACCCGGCGCAGAACCCGCAGCUGGCGCGCGCCGCGCAGGCCUACGACCUGGUGGCGCUGCGGCCGCGCUCCGAGCGCGCCUUCCACGCCGUGUGCCUGGGCGCCGGCGCGCCCGACGCCGCGCUCAUCUCGCUCGACCUCGCCGCGCGCCUGCCCUUCCGCCUGCGCCCCAAGCCGUGCAUGGCCGCCGUCGCCCGCGGCCUGCGCUUCGAGGUCGCCUACGCGCCCGCCCUCGCCGCGUCCACGUCCGCCGACGCCGCCCGCGCCCGCGCCUGCUUCGCCGGCAACCUCGCCCAGCUCGUCCGCGCCACCCGCGGCCGCGGCCUGCUGCUCGCCAGCGAGGCCGCCGCCCCCGCCGCCCUCCGCGCCCCCGCCGACCUCGUCAACCUGCUCGCCGUCUGGGGUGGCCUGCCCCCCGACCGCGGCGCCGCCGCCCUCGGCCCCGUGCCCCGCGCCGUCGUCGCCAACGAGGCCCUGCGCCGCGCCGGCUUCCGCGGCGUCGUCGGCAUCGUCGACGUCGCCGCGCCCCCGGGCGGGGACGCCCGCCGGCCCGCCGCUGAAGCUGGCGAAGCGGACGCCGACCCCGAAGCCGCCCGCAAGGGGAGGAAGAAGAAGAGGAAGAACAGCAGCGAUCCGGCCGAGAGCGAAGGCGCCGCGGCCACGGGCGCCGGCGCGCAGACCGGCCCGCCCAUAAGCAAGCGCCAGGCCAAGAGGCUGAAGGCGGCGAUGAGGAAGGAAGGCGGCCGAGGCGCCGGAGACGGAGGACCCGUGAGUUAG